AUGGUGAACACCCGGAAGAGCUCCCUGCGCCUGCUCGGCUCCAAGGCGCCCGGGCCCGGGCCUGGGCCUGGGGCCGGCGCGGAGCCUGGGGCGGCCGGAGGCAGCAGCCAUUUCAUCUCCUCUCGGACCCGCUCCUCCAAGACGCGGGCCGCCAGCUGCCCCGCCGCCAAGGCCGGGGCAAGCGGCGGCGCCGGCGGCGCCGUGGACGAGGCCCGGAAAGCUGAAGUGGAUGGUAGUUUAAGUGACAGCCAUGUGUCUCCUCCAGCCAAACGCACUUUGAAACAACCUGAUUCUGUUUGCAAAGACAAAUCAAAAUCACGAAGUACUGGUCAGCGAGAGGAAUGGAAUAUAUCAUCUGGGCAGGCCAGGUUAACUUCUCAGCCUGGUGCUACAUUACCAAAUGGACAUAGUAGUUUAUCCCUUCGAAGCCAUCCCCUUCGAGGGGAAAAAAAGGGAGAUGGAGAUCUUUCUUGUAUAAAUGGUGACAUGGAAGUCAGAAAAAGUUGUCGUUCCAGGAAAAACAGAUUUGAAAGUGUGAACCAGAGUUUGUUAUUUGAUCAACUAGUAAAUAGUACUGCUGAAGCUGUGCUGCAGGAAAUGGAUAACAUUAACAUUAGACGGAAUCGUCGGUCAGGAGAAGUAGAACGACUUCGAAUGUGGACAGAUACAGAGUUUGAAAACAUGGAUAUGUAUUCAAGAGUGAAAAGACGAAGGAAGUCUUUGAGAAGAAAUAGUUAUGGGAUACAGAAUCAUCAUGAAGUUUCUACUGAGGGUGAAGAAGAAGAAUCUCAAGAGGAGGAUGGAGAUAUAGAAGUUGAAGAGGCAGAAGGAGAAGAAAAUGAUAGACCAUAUAAUUUGAGACAAAGAAAAACAGUGGAUCGAUACCAGGCACCUCCAAUAGUACCAGCUCAUCAAAAAAAGAGGGAAAGCACACUCUUUGAUAUUCACAGAUCUCCAGCAAGAAGAAGCCAUAUCAGGAGAAAGAAGCAUGCUAUUCAUAGUAGUGACACAACUUCUUCUGAUGAAGAACGCUUUGAAAGAAGAAAAUCAAAGAGCAUGGCAAGAGCAAGAAAUAGAUGUUUGCCAAUGAACUUGAGAGCAGAAGAUUUAGCUAGUGGUAUUCUCCGAGAACGAGUCAAAGUGGGUGCUAGCUUGGCUGAUGUUGAUCCAAUGAACAUCGAUAAAUCAGUGCGGUUUGAUAGCAUAGGUGGAUUGAGCCAUCAUAUUCAUGCACUAAAGGAAAUGGUUGUAUUCCCACUUUUAUAUCCAGAAAUCUUUGAAAAAUUUAAAAUUCAGCCUCCAAGGGGCUGUUUGUUUUAUGGCCCUCCUGGCACAGGUAAAACCUUGGUAGCCAGAGCAUUAGCUAAUGAGUGCAGUCAAGGAGACAAAAAGGUGGCUUUUUUUAUGCGAAAAGGAGCAGACUGUCUGAGCAAGUGGGUUGGUGAAUCUGAAAGGCAACUUAGGCUACUUUUUGAUCAGGCAUAUUUGAUGAGACCUUCUAUAAUAUUUUUUGAUGAAAUAGAUGGCUUGGCUCCAGUUCGCUCUAGCAGACAAGAUCAGAUCCACAGUUCUAUAGUGUCAACUCUCCUUGCUCUUAUGGAUGGAUUAGACAACAGGGGUGAAAUUGUUGUUAUUGGUGCUACAAAUAGACUUGAUUCUAUAGAUCCUGCUCUCAGGAGACCUGGUCGUUUUGACAGGGAAUUCCUUUUCAACCUGCCUGAUCAAAAGGCAAGAAAACACAUUUUACAGAUCCAUACCAGGGACUGGAAUCCAAAAUUGUCAGAUGCUUUUUUAGGUGAAUUGGCUGAAAAGUGUGUUGGCUAUUGUGGAGCUGAUAUUAAGGCCCUGUGCACUGAAGCUGCCCUGAUUGCUCUGCGGAGGCGUUACCCCCAAAUCUAUGCUAGCAGUCAUAAACUGCAGCUAGAUGUUUCCUCGAUAGUGCUCAACGCCCAAGAUUUUUACCAUGCAAUGCAGAAUAUAGUGCCUGCUUCUCAGCGUGCUGUUAUGUCUUCGGGACAUGCACUAUCUCCCAUCAUAAGACCACUGCUGGAAAGAAGCUUCAACAACAUCCUAACAGUCCUACAAAAAGUGUUUCCCCAUGCUGAAAUUAGUCAGAGUGACAAGAAAGAAGAUAUGGAAACUCUAAUUUUAGAUGAGAGUGAAGAUGAGAAUGCUUUAUCAAUUUUUGAGACCAGUUGUCACUCAGGAUCACCAAAGAAACAGUCAUCCACUGCUGCUGUGCGUAAACCCUACCUUCAUUUUACAAUGUCACCAUAUCAUCAGCCAACCUCUUACAGGCCAAGGUUAUUGCUGUCUGGAGAACGAGGCUCAGGUCAAACUUCUCACCUUGCUCCAGCACUUUUGCACACUCUAGAAAAAUUCUCUGUGCACAGACUAGAUCUUCCAGCACUUUAUUCAGUUAGUGCCAAAACACCUGAAGAAUCAUGUGCACAGAUUUUUCGUGAAGCUCGAAGAACAGUACCUAGUAUUGUUUACAUGCCUCACAUUGGUGAUUGGUGGGAAGCUGUCAGUGAAACUGUGAGAGCAACUUUUCUGACAUUGCUGCAAGACAUACCAUCAUUUUCACCUAUAUUUUUAUUGUCUACCUCUGAAACCAUGUACAGUGAACUGCCUGAAGAGGUUAAAUGUAUCUUUAGAAUACAGUAUGAAGAGGUCUUAUAUAUUCAAAGGCCUAUUGAAGAAGACAGAAGAAAGUUUUUCCAAGAAUUGAUUCUACAUCAGGCAUCAAUGGCUCCACCACGAAGGAAACACACUGGUCUUUGUGCUAUGGAAGUGCUUCCUCUUGCGCUGCCUUCUCCACCUCGUCAGUUAUCAGAAUCAGAAAAAAAUCGGAUGGAGGACCAGGAAGAAAAUACUUUAAGAGAGUUGCGGUUGUUUCUCAGGGAUGUAACCAAGAGGCUGGCCACAGAUAAACGCUUUAACAUCUUCAGCAAACCGGUGGAUAUUGAAGAGGUUUCAGAUUAUCUUGAAGUAAUCAAGGAGCCAAUGGAUUUAUCAACAGUAAUAACUAAGAUUGAUAAGCAUAAUUACCUGACUGCUAAGGAUUUCCUGAAAGAUAUUGACCUCAUCUGUAGCAAUGCUUUAGAGUAUAAUCCAGAUAAGGACCCAGGAGAUAAGAUAAUUAGGCACAGGGCUUGUACCCUGAAAGACACGGCACAUGCCAUCAUUGCAGCUGAAUUAGACCCAGAAUUUAAUAAACUUUGUGAAGAAAUUAAGGAUGCAAGAAUAAAACGAGGCUUAUCAGUAACAGCAGAACAAAUAAAUCCUCAUGGUUCUGGAACUCGAAAGACAGAAACUAGAGUUGAAGAGGCAUUUCGGCACAAACAAAGAAAUCCAAUGGAUGUCUGGCACAACUCUGCAAAUAAAUGUGCAUUUCGAGUUCGGAGAAAAUCAAGGCGGCGAUCACAGUGGGGUAAAGGAAUUAUUAAGAAAAGGAAAGUCAAUAAUUUAAAAAAAGAUGAAGAGGACACCAAAUUUGCAGACUAUGAGAACCAUACAGAGGACAGGAAGUUGCUGGAGAAUGGAGAGUUUGAGGUAAGCACUGACUGCCAUGAAGAAAAUGGAGAAGAGACUGGAGACUUAUCUAUGACCAACGAUGAAUCAUCGUGUGACAUCAUGGACAUGGACCAGGGGCAGAGGCUUAACAAUGGAGCCGGCACAAAAGAGAACUUUGCAUCUACUGAAGAGGAAAGUUCAAAUGAGUCUCUGCUUGUCAACAGUAGCAGCUCUCUAAAUCCAGAACAGACAUCUAGGAAAGAAGCUUUCCUUAAAGGAAGCUGUCUAAAUGGUGAGGCCUCCACCGACAGUUUUGAAGGAAUACCAGUUCUGGAGUGUCAGAAUGGCAAAGCUGAAGUAGUUUCUUUCUGUGGUAGUGGAGACAAAUGUAGUUCUGAACAAAAGGUCCUUCUGGAAGACCAGUCUAAAGAAAAAACAGAAACUUCAAGUGAAAGUCAUGGAGAUGAUCCUGAGAAACUGGAAGCACUGGAAUGUAGCAUUAAUGAGAAGUUAGAACCUGGCCCUGAUGUGGAGGUUAAAGAUGCAGAACUGGAUAAAGAAGGUGCUUCUAAAGUAAAGAAAUUUCGUAAGUUAAUUUUAGAGCAGGCAAAAACAACAAGCCUGGAACUGGUUCCAGAAGAACCAUCUGAACCUGUGCCACCUCUUAUAGUUGAUCGUGAGAGAUUAAAGAAAUUGCUUGAUUUGUUGGUAGAUAAAAGCAACAAUCUGGCAGUUGAUCAACUUGAGAGAUUAUAUUCUCUUCUUAGUCAGUGCAUCUAUCGCCAUCGUAAAGAUUAUGACAAAUCACAACUUGUAGAGGAGAUGGAAAGAACAGUUCAUAUGUUUGAGACAUUCCUAUGAACUUGUCAAGAUGAGUGGUUUAUCCUCUCCACUCUGCUCCUGACAGAGCAGUCUUCUGAGCCAUUCAAUUUUGAAUUGCACCAAUUAUGUGCAGAGCCUUGGUGUAAAGUGCUCUCUCACUCAUUCUUUCUCUCUGUUGAAUUUGGUGCUAUUGUCUCAGGUACCUGAAACCAACCAGCCUACAAGAACCAAACAGAACUUCAGAAACAUGUUGUAUUUUCCACAAAUAAAAAAUACAACCCCACAGAUUGGAGAUUUUGGUGCUACAGAAACUGCUCUCACUUCUGCUCCUCUUUUUGUGCACUCUCUUUUGGAGACUUCUCUCUUAGGGAGCAGACCAGCAAACAUGAGGAAUCUGGAUGGGGGCAGUUCUAACUGUGUUGAAUCGUUAAACAGUGGGCAACCUGUUAUUUUUUUUUUUCUCUUUCUAUCCCUUUUAUCAUAUUUUUUUUCCCUCUGGCUAAUGGACUGAAACCUGUUUUAGAGUUGGCUAUGGUAUAGUCUGGUGGGGAACUGAAGAAACGGGAUGAAAUUAGGUUAGGCUCUUUAGAACUGCCUUUAAUGUGCCUUUUUAUUAUUUGAGAGAGAGAAGGCUAAACAAAAGGAUGGGCUUGUUUGUAGCAAAAGAAUUAGAGUCUUUUCUUUGGCCACAGACUUGAAAGUAAAUUGUGAUAUUCUUGUGUCAUUAAGAGGCAACAAGUGUUUUGGUAUAAAAUGCCAAUCUUGUUUUCAAAACUUAAAAAAUCUUUCAGCCACAUAAUAUACUAAAAUAAGUUUUCCUCUAUAGUCUAUUUCUAUUUAAGAAACGUAAUGAAACAACGACUAAUGAUGAUGAUGAUGAUGAUGGUGGUGAUGGUGAUGAUGAUAAUAGUAACACAUACCCCCCCAAAAAAAAAAAACACAUUUUUUCGGUAUUGCUGACAAUGAUGAUCAGAAAGUAGAUAGCGGCCUUUCUUUCUUCUAUCAGUGCUGAUUUAACCGUUAUUCAUGUUUGAGUUCUCAGAGAAAAUGAUUUUCAUGUAUAGUAAAUUGUUACUUUUUUUUAAAAGCCAGGACUUGCCAAAUGGACAGAAAUGAGAGGAAUUUGUCAAAAGCUCCAUAAAAUUUAUUUUCUGUAUGCGUACUUGCAAGUGAGCUCUGUUAUGGUCCUUGAAUAACAGUAUUAAUGUCUGAAAUCCCUUCCAUAAGCUUACCUUCACAACUCUUCGUUUUGAUUGGGACCCAUUUUGGAUCGUGUUGAGUGAUUUCUGUGAAUUGUACUUACCUAAAAUUAAUUAUGGGUAGUACUUGUUUUACAAAAAGUUUAUGUAAAUUUGGAGACACAGUCUAGGCAGUUGCAAAGAGGCAAAGGGAGUGCAGUGACAUUUUUUUUUAUCAGAUUUAAACAGAAAAGUAGAAAAUUUUGACAAGUUGGCUUGAUAUCUUCAUUCAUUAUAGCUCUAAGCUGCAGGUGUGUCUUUCCAAUAUAUGCAACACAUGUAGUUUGGUUUUUAAUUAGAACAAAUGGUCUUGGACUACUGCAGAGACACUGAGCUACCUCAGCGUUUUGUACUCUAGUUACCAACAGUGUUUACAGAGGCCUCUAAUCACCUUGCCACCAUUUACAUGUGAAGCUAAGGUACUUGUCUCCUUGUCUCUGCCUAUUUGUAGUGUGCAGGAUGCCAGCCCAGAAAGCACACUUCCGCCAUAGGCUACUGCAGUAAUCCUAAGUGCUUCUUUGCAUUUACAUUAACAUUUUACACCUUCUAAUUCUAGCUUAAUUUUUGAAAAAUGUCACUUGCUUUCUUUAUACCUAGCCUAUGAAGUUUUCAUAAUAUUCAGUUAAUCAUAUAGUCAAGAUGCUACCCAUGUAGACACACUGUAUUUUUAAGGUGGGCAAGUGCGAUUAACGAUGAACCAUUUUAAAGGGGAGGUUAUUUGAAACCUCUAAUUUGAUUAUUGGGAGGAUUUUCAUGCUUUCUUUAUAUUACCAUCAUACCAGUUCAGACUAUUUUACUGUCUAAUAAUACAUUAGCAUUUUGUAUUUUGAUGGAAAUUGUUACAGAAUUUAAAGAUUUGAUGAAAUAAGAUGUAGCAGAUUUUUUGUAGCAAGUUUCUGGUAAAAGGGUUUUUUGCAAGUCUCAGGUUCUUGCUGCACUAUUUUUUUUUAAAUAUUUAUUCCAGUUACUCUAAUUCAGAAGCAUUCUGUUCAAGUAACAGCAGCACUCGUGAAAGGAAAAAAAAAAUGCACAUGUUCUUAGUAGGUUACUAAAUUUGUACAAGUUAAUUAAGAUUUUAGCCAUCAGUGAGUUUGACAAGGGGAAUUUAUUUAUGUUUAGCAUUAAAAUGCUUCCAAAAGAUCAA